GGGGCCAGAGGCUGCUGUGGUCCUGAGCUGGUGCUGGGUGGAGAUGCCCUUUUUCCAAGGCUGGGCAGUCGCUGGGAUGCGCGGCAACACCGCGGGCUCUCCGCCGCCGCAGGCGCUGGACUCCCUCGCCCCUGGCAGGCCCCUGCAGGAUGCUGGCAUGCACGGAGCGUGGCUGGAGGCGCAGGCAAGAGGGGAGGGUGCGGCGCUGCCUGCCUGGGGGACGUCUCCGCCGUGCUGGCAGGUCCGUGCCCCGCUGGACUGGGACCUCGCCUGCCGGGCUGGGCAGGACCCCAUCACCCAGCUCCCAUCUGGCCCGUGGCACCCUGAGAUCAGCGCCGGGUCCCAGCUGGAGGAGGAUUCGGGCUGUGGGGAAGCAGAGGCCCAGGAGCUGCUCCUAGCAGGCCUGGACGAUGAAUGGGGGAGCCAAGGCAACAGCAUCCCGCUGCCUGGCACGGAUGCCACCCUCUUCCUCCCGGCCUCCCCCCACGGCACGGGCACCGCGUCCGGCUCGAAGAGAGCGAACCCGGGCGGCUGCUCCCCGCAGCCCAGGAAGAAGCAGCGGGGGGAAGCUCAGCCUGGCACUGCCCAGCUGCUGGGGCUACCUGGUGGGGGUGCCCUGCUGGCCCCCCCUGUGCUCCCACCUCUCCCCCUGCCCGCCUGGCCAGGGCCACACCAACCGGCCUGGCCCGUGCGUAGCCGGCUGGUACCCCAUGGGCAUCUCGCUCUGCUGCUCCCCAUCCAGCUCCCGUCCCCUCCCUGCCAGCGCCAGCAGGCCCCGGCCGCCCUGCUGCCCCCCCAGCACCCCUCGGCACGGCCCGACUCGCCCUCUGCCCUCCUCAACACCUGCCUGCUGCUGCGGGCGCUCCGAUGGUCCCUCACCACCACCGCGCUGGCCUGAGGGCUCAGCCCUGAGCCCUGGGGUUGUGGCAGCCCUGGGGCCAUGGAGCCCCCUCUUGCUGAGGGGUUGGGGGUGGAGAGGGGUUGAGGAGUGGGUGCUGUGCAGAGU